AUGGGAACACCUUCCCUGACUGUGGGAACACCUACUCUUACUGUGGAAACAUCUACCCUGACUGUGGGAACACCUACUCUUACUGUGGAAACAUCUACCCUGACUGUGUCAACACCUACCCUGACUACCACCUACCCUUACUGUGGAAACACCUACCCUGGCUGUGGGAAUAACUGCUGUGACUGUGGGAACACCUACCAAGACUGUUGGAACACCUACCCUGUCUGUUGGAACACCUACCCUGACUGUGGGAACACCUACCCGGACUUUGGGAACACCUUCCCUGACUGUGGGAACACCUACCCUGACUGUGGGAGCACCUUCCCUGACUGUGGGAACACCUUACCUGACUGUGGGAACACCUUCCCUGACUGUGGGAACACCUACCUUAACUGUGUAAAAACCUACCCUGUCUGUGGGAACACCUACCCUGACUAUGGGAAUAACUGCUGUGACUGUGGGAACACCUACCAAGACUGUUGGAACACCUACCCUGUCUGUGGGAACACCUUCCCUGACUGUGGGAACACCUACCUUAACUGUGUAAAAACCUACCCUGUCUGUGGGAACACCUACUCUGACGGUGGGAACAACUUCCCUGACUGUGGGAACACCUACCCUGACUGUGGGAACACCUUUCCUGUUUGUGGGAACACCUUACCUGACUGUGGGAACACCUUCCCUGACCUUGGGAGCAUCUACCCUGACUGUGUCAACACCUACCCUGACUGUGUCAACACCUACCCUGACUAUGGGAACACCUUCCCUGACUAUGGGAACACCUACCCUGACUAUGGGAACACCUUCCCUGACUGUGGGAACACCUACCUAGACUAUGGGAACACCUUCCCUGACUGUGGGAACACCUACCCCGACUGUGGGAACACCUACAUUGACUGUAAAAACCUACCCUGA